AUGAUUGCUGCAAACCCAAGAACAUUGGCUUCUAGAGUUCCACGAUAUUUUAACCCACACUCUGUCCUGCGAAAUUAUGCUCUCUCCCAACUCCCACGAUGGUUUCUACAGUCAUCCAAGCUUCUGGUUAAACUUGGGAAACCAAAGACUUUCCAGACAAGCACACCGUUCUCGAGCACGCCACUGGACAACAAUUUGACUUCUGCACAGCCUGACCUGAGCUUGCUCCCUAUUUCCUGCCCUGGCUGCGGGGCAUUUACCCAGUGGGUGGACAAAGAGCUGGCUGGUUACUACACUGCCUCUCGUAAGGCUGUCAAGGUAUUCAUACGUGCAGCUUCGCACAACCAGAGCGGCAUUGAUUUGACCAAUGAGUCUAAUGAAGAAGUUGAUGCGGAGUCAGCGGCGAGUUCUGUGGACGAUCCAAAACCCCCAAAGCAAGGCGACAAUUCUACAGUAGUUGCGCCCCAAUUUCCUCUCUGCGACAGAUGUCAUAAUCUUAUGAACCAUAGAGAAGCUCAGCCUAUCCCUUACCCCCCCCUUUCAUACAUACGAGCAAUCAUGGAAGAAUCGCCUUGGAAAUUUAACCGCGUCUACCACGUUCUUGACGCUUCCGACUUCCCUAUGUCCUUAGUACGAAACAUCUACCGUGACCUUCCUAUUCAACCUCCACGAUCACAGAACCGUCGAUCGAGAACUAUUCACUACAGAUCUGGGAGACAACAGGCGGAGCUUCAUUUUAUAAUCACUCGCUCCGACCUACUGGGUGCCUUGAAGGAGCACGUUGAUUCUCUUAUGACCUAUGUGACCCAAGUUCUUCGCGAUGCACUUGGGUCAACUGGCAGCAGAAUUCGAUUAGGAAACGUUCAUAUGGUCAGUGCUCACAGAGGUUGGUGGACAAAGGGAGUCAAGAAACAGAUUUGGGACGAUGGUGGAGGAGUUUGGAUGGUUGGUAAAACAAAUGUGGGCAAAAGCAAUUUGAUCUCGGCCAUAUUUCCUAAAUCUCCAAAUUCCGCUCAGAUAUUACGAGCAAGCGAAGAGGCUAAAGAUCAGCCGAGUUCUAGUGUCAGCGAUGGAUUACUACCGCCAGUUCAAGAGCAAUAUGAUUAUCCGAUUCUACCCAUCGUUUCUGCUUGUCCGGGGACAACUGUGUCCCCUAUUCGGAUUCCUUUUGGUCAAAAGAAAGGAGAGGUUAUAGAUUUACCUGGACUUUAUCGUGGUGGACUGGCGGAACACGUUCAGGAGAAGCACAAGCUCGAGUUAGUCAUGACAAAGCGACUAAAACCUGAGCGGUAUACGAUUAAGCCAGGCCAGUCGUUGAUUUUAGGGGGACUUGUUAGAAUCACCCCUGUUGACCCUCAAGAUGUGGUCCUAGCAGCCCCGUUUGUGCCUCUGGAAGCGCAUAUAACCUCAACGUCAAAAGCAGUCGAAAUGCUGGCGGGGGAGCGCCCUACUCCACAUGCGAAAAUAAUGGAGGAGGGUGUGGAGAAAUCAAUAGCAUCAGCAGGAAUAUACGAACUCCAGUAUGAUGUAACCAAGGUAUAUGGGAAACGACUGAGAGACACCACCUUCCAGCCAGCGAAUGAACAUCUCCGUCUUUUCAAAGUUAUGUCGACAGAUAUCUUGAUUGAAGGAUGCGGAUGGGUUGAGCUCACGUCGCAGAUCCGAACAAAAAACGAAAACCAAGUCGACGUCCCGAAAGUCGAAAUUUUCAGUCCAAAUGGAGGGUGCAUAGGCAGUAGGCGGCCAAUGACUGCAUAUUCACAUCUUCAACAAAAGAGGAGGAAGGACUUGAAGAAAGCUGGGCGCUGGAUACGACGGCGGAAACGCCGCACCCAAAAUCGGCAUUCCGAGAUUCCAGCAUGA